AUGGCAAACCAGUGGUCGGCACCAACGUUUGACCAACCUCCGCAGCUCCCUAUGUGUGAGGGUUUACUCGAUGGCACCGACUUAAUGUCUGCUGCCUUCCAAUCUUGGCAGCGCCCUUUCAGCGCAAUGAGCGCAGGUGUUCCAGCCAACCAAGUAACGAACCUCGUUUUCGCCUGCAAUCAUGACAUUAUUGUGGAUCAAUCGACUACAGCUGCAGGCCCAUCGCUUUCGAGCCAUACAAACAUAACCGCCAUUCCAAACAAUCAGCCUCCUCCCCUUUCAUCCGCUCAUCCAAUCACUAGCCGCUAUCACUGCUCCUAUCCUACCUGCACCAAGGACUUCAAGCGCCCAGGAGAUCGCCUUAGACACAUCUCAUCAGUCCAUCAACGCGGUCAGGCAAGUCAGGGAAGAAUCUCUGUCCUAUUGUUGGAUGUCGUCGAAGCUAUGGGAAAGGCCUUUAUCGCCCUGGCAAAGUCAAUGAUCAUUUAA